AUGUCGGCAUCAACAUCAACGUCAGCAGCCCCGCCAGCUCGUCUCAUCCUCCCCUCUCUCAAGAGGGCACAGCCCUCUGCUCCAACCGUCACUCUCACAACGAUGACCGCUACAGCAUCGACAACGACCGUGACGAGAGCAAGAAGCACAGCCGGCAGCACCGCCUGCAGUAGCAAAUCUUCUUCUGUCCAACAGCCAGCUCAGCAAUCCAUCACGGGGCUAUCCUCGUCUGUCUCCGUUCAACAAGAGCCAAAUUACACGCUCUCUUCAGGCCCUUCGUCUGAGCGGGGGACUCGAACUACGACAGCCUUACAACCAUCAUCGUCAACAACAGGAUCUGCCGUAGCCCCUACAUCAAGCAGCUCCAUUACCGGAACGGCCACGCCAACCCCCUCAACCCAAACCCCCGCCCGUACCCCUUCCACAGCCCCAACCACAGUGACAGCCCCUGCCCCUCGUACCCAGGCACCCCAGCCCCAGACACGACCCACUCCCGACCCUCAAGCCUUCCACCACGCCAGGCUCUACCUAACCACAACGCUCUCGCACAUCUUCUCCUCCAGCCACCUUCCCUCACUAGCAACCGACCUUCACGCCAACGACAAAGCCUUGCGCAGCCAACUCCGUUCUCUGGAGCAGGCAACCGAGGGAUUGCGAAGGGAAAACGAUAAGUUGGAAAGAUUAGUGGGGGAGUAUGAGGGGAAACUAAAAGAGGUGGGGAUGCGCAGUGGUUCGCGCAGGUUUGCUGGAGUGGCCUGGAGAGGGUUGCGGAGGUGGUAA